CGGCCAAUCACGGUGCGGAAGGCGCGUUCGGUGGUAGCCAAUCGCUGAGGAGGAGAGGCGGGAGCUGCCGGAAUGCGGGUGUGGGAAAAAGGAACGGCAAAACGUACGGGUUAACGGUAAACAGUGUAAAGGUAACUGGCGCGUGGGCAGCCUGUAAUUUCAAAUCGCGUAACGGUCGCUGUGGGAGCGGUUUUAGCGGGCUAGUUAAACUAGCUGUUUUUUCCUCUGAUUAUGCGUCGAAAAGUGGGAUUUUUACGCGAAAUUUGACGCGAUACUCGGUGAUAUCGGGCUGAAAUGGGUUAGAGUAUCGUCUGGACCAAGCUAGCCGUGUCAGAUAUUAGCCCGACUGCUCGUUACCGCCGCUGAGGAUUUUUCCAGAUGUGUGAUGGCGGGAAUCUGAGGUACGAUGAAGGCGAAAAGCGAUAGCAUGAUGCUAAUUUCCCUCAGAUAAGGGAAUGGGAUCCACGCAGAGAAAACCCGCCCUUCCAAGACUGGACCACCUGGAGGCUCAAAUCUGUGCAGCCCUUUGUAGCUACAUCCUGCUUUUUUACAACGAAAAAAAGCAGCAGACAACCUGAAACGUAGCACCUGCUUCCCAAGACCAUUUUCCCUGCCUGCAACAGCAAACCUACCAGGCCAGAGUAUGCCAUCUGCACCAACCCACAGGAUUCUACGACCCCUUCUGCUUGGUACCUUCUUACUGGGCUGCUUUGUGACUUUGUUUUUGAUGUACAUCAAACCGUCCACUAGCUGGUUGUCAGGCCCCGUCGAAUCGGAAACCUCCACUGCCCGCGUGAAGAGCCUGCUGUCCAACAGGAGCGAACAGAACCAGACCACGGUGCUCGUCUGGCUCUGGCCUUUCGGAGAAACCUACGACCUGAACGUCUGCGGCUCUCUCUUCAGCAUCGAGGGCUGUUUUAUCACGGCCGACCGGAACCUUUACAACAAGUCCGAUGCCGUCGUUAUCCAUCACAGGGACAUCAGCACUGACCUGUCCAACAUGCCGCCGGCGUAUCGGCCUCCCCUUCAGAAAUGGAUUUGGAUGAAUUUGGAGUCGCCGUCGCAUUCGUCUCAGUUACCCGGGAUUGAAAACUUGUUCAAUCUGACUCUGAACUAUCGGCAGGACGCUGAUAUCGAAGUGCCUUACGGAGCCAUCGUCGCGUCUCCGUCUGAGGAAGAUUUCGUUCCGCCGAGCAAGAACAAGCUGAUCUGCUGGAUCGUGAGCAACUGGAACCCUGAUCAUGUCAGAGUAAAGUACUACAAUGAACUGUACAAGCACAUCGAGAUUCAUGCGUACGGCCAAGCGUUCGGCGAGUACAUAUCGGAUCAGGACUAUUUCCCCACCAUCGCCAGCUGUAAGUUCUACUUGGCGUUCGAGAACUCAAUUCACAAAGACUACAUCACAGAGAAACUGUACAACCCUCUCUCCGUCGGCACGGUGCCCGUGGUUCUGGGCCCACCGAGGGAGAACUAUCAGAAUUUCGUGGAGGGCGAUGCCUUCGUCCACGUGGAUGACUUCUCCUCCCCGAAGGAGCUGGCUGAGUAUCUUCUGUUUCUGGAUAAAAACGAGGAGCUCUACCUGAGGUAUUUUGACUGGCGCAAGCACUUCAAGGUGAAGAAAGCCUAUUUCUGGGCCGAGCACACUUGCCUUGCUUGCGAUUACAUCAGAAGGCACAAUGAGUACAAGGCUUUUAAUAAUCUCGACAAAUGGUAUUGGGGUUAAUGGUGAGCCGACACCUGGAGUUCGGCCGAAUCCGAUUUCUCAAAAUUCUCAAGCUCUCGAGAUUUCCAUUUCAUUCGAAUCAGACGAAGAAGGGAGGGAGGAGGGUCUCCCGUGAGCCACAUAGAUUGCCUGGUUUUAUUUUUGUAUGAUGUAGAUGUUAAUUUAUUUUGCUAGUCUUCGCUAGUCUUUGCUAGUCUCUGCUAGUUUACACCAUCCUCCAUAUUUAUUCGUUUGAAUGCAAAGAGCGAGAGAGCGUAUUUUUAAUUAUUAUUAUUAUUAUUAUGUGACGACAUUUGCUACUGUGUGUUUUUCUUACUGCCUUCUUAUUUAACACGCAGACACACCUCAACGUUCAAUGUGAUUCAGAACGGCGGUCCACCUGCACACAUAUGCUGUACGUCUGCAUACACUACUGUUGUCGACCACACCUUAAAAGGUAUCGCCACAGACGGAAUAAUCAUGUAACCGUUAUAAAUAUAUUUGUGUAUUAUUUAUUAUUUCAUUCUGACGUGACGUCGUAGAUGUUAGUGUUCGUCGGUCAUCAUCUAUGCAGUGUUUACAGAACUGAACUGAAUUUGUGCGUGUAGUCCAUCUGCUGUAUUGUGUGCAAUUUGUGUCUUUUUAUUCUUUCGUGUCUUUUUUUGGACGAUAUCUGCCUUUAUUUUUUAUUUUCUCUCUCCAUAUUUUUGUACGGACGUAACUUGCACAGCCAGGUGAGAGAGUUUUGCGUUUUGACUGCAGUGAUGUGUAACGUCACACGGCGCAACACUGGCAUUACUUUUUUAUUAUUUCUUCAGCUACAAAAUGAGUUUAACUGCAUUCAUACACACAGUGGUAGCACGCAGCGCCUGGGAAUGCAUCACAGUACUGUACUGUAUUUUUUUUUUUUUAAAUAUUUAAAUGUUGCAUUAUCUUUUGUCUAGCAGAUGGUAAAACACUGAAUUGAGAGCACAAGUCCAGAAUGCAUAUGGCAGUGUGUGGGACUGCAGCAUUCACAUGCAUACAGAUAAUCUUUUAGCAAAUGCCACCAUAUGGGUUUGACCAAGUGCAUGCAUGAUUUCACUCGCUGUCAUGUUUUCAUCGUGUGUUUUUUUGGGACAAGGUUUUUUAUAUUAGAUUUUAGUUUACAUUCACUGCAGAUGUCGUUAAUAAGUUAAUGGAGGGGAAAGCAUCCCUUUAUUUUAGGGACAUCAUAACUCUACAAAAAUAUAAGCUUCGCAAACAUGGUGCCAAAGAUUUCCUUCCCACAGGAGAUCAUGAAAGACCAAGAAAGAAAUAUUGAACUAAAUAAGUUAAAUAAGUGAAAAAGCUAAGAACGUAUUUUUGAAAUGCGUAGCAAGCACAUGCCAAAUGCUGUGCUAAAUGCAAUUUAGCUCCUAGCACAGUUAGAGUAGGCUUUAUUUAAAUUAAAAUAAAAAAUAUAUUUUCUCAUUAGUAGCGCUCUAUCAACGAGAUUCAUGAAGCCACCCCAAGUCGUCAGUAGAACAGUUUUCUCUGCUUGCUGGAACAAGAGUGAAUUAAGCUCUGCACUGAAUCUACUAUGGGGUUUGAACAGUUACUGUAUAUAAGAGUGGACGCUUUGCUUCGCUGCUUUUCCUUUCCACUGAAAAAACAAGCCAAAAAUGUCUGUCAUUUUAUCAAAUUUUCAACCAGAGUUUGCGCAGUAAAGAUCAGAGGUGGAGCCAGACUUUCCUAUAGAUUUGGUAGGCCUGCACCCUUCUCCUCCCAGACCAAGCGUCUCAGACUGCCAUCAUUGAGUUUACAGUGCAGCCUAAAGGACUGGAAAUAGACUGUAGUAGAUUUUUCCAAACCGUUCCUCAAAUUACAGCUCUGUUAACACUGUUUACUGCUGAAAUCAAAGCCAAACAAAGCUGCUGUGGUCCAAGUGAAGUGAAGUUUGGUUUGGUUUCACACAGGCACAAACCAAAACGCACCAAAAUGUUCACCAAUAAAUCACGCAAACACAUCAUCUCCUCUGAUUGGUCAGAGCUGUCUUGCACGGGAGCAAGAAAGUAUCUGUGCAGUGUAAAGCUGCUUUAACACAGAACGCUGUUGCGCUUUCUGCUAAACACAGUGUUUUCAAUGGGAUGUGCAGCACAGAUGUACACGCACUAAACUGAGUCGCGCAGCUGCGAGCAGUGAACUCUGCACAGAGCGCUCUCUAGGUGUAUAAACAGCAUGGAGCAGCAGAGACAGCGUUUGUUCAUAGCUGUGGUAGUAAACCUUAAUUAUAUGGCGUUAUCUUGCUAAUACUAUAUCAUUUUAAACUGCACCUUAUCAGCAGUUUAGCUUAAAGCAGUGGUCGGCAAUAGACGGCCCGUGGUAUGAAACAUCGGGCCCAUGAGGUUGUUUGAACUAUAAUGAAAGAUAUUGGAAAAAAUAAAAAAUAAAAUGCUUCUCUGGUGAGCUUUUGUUUACAUCCUCCCCUCGGCGUGACUUUACUUUCCGUCCGUUCUAGUUUUUCAGCCCGUUCUUGGGCUCCCUAUCUCCUUAUAAGGCCGUUUUUCCCCGGCCAUGUCCCAAUUCACUAUUUAUUUUUUCCUUUUUUCUUGGGUUUACCUGCUUUGAGAUCAACUGUUCUGCAAUUGAGUUCAACAACCCUCUGGGCUGGAGAGCUGUAGUAGCACUCCAUCCCAUUACACUUCAUUUUUCAAAAGCCACCAUGUAAUGGCUUGGAAAACAUCUGGGCCUACUUAAUUGCCGACCCCUGGCUUACAGAAUAGGAGUAUAUUUGACAGCUGGGUCAGAUCGAGACCGGAUUACGUUCUUACUACAAGCGAACCGCUUCAGAGUUUGUUUAUGAUCUGCACCCGAGUGCGAUUGCUGUCUUCACACCUGCUCAAUCGAACCGAACUAAGGGUACGAACAAAUCAGAGUCCGUUUAAACCAAACCAAAUAGUGCUGAUGUGAAAACUGGCUGGUUGCAGUACAACAUGAAUUCGUAAAACAGUUAAUAAUGACUAUGAACAUGCAACAACAUUUCAUUUCUAUUGCUAUUACUUAAUGCUGCAGGUCAGAUCAUGAACGGUUACAGCAACUUAAUUGUUAGGGUAGAAACAUACUUGCUGUUUGCCCAUGCGUUCGCUUAGACAACCGGCUGCAUUGUGAAUGUGACUGAGAACCCAGAGAACUAUGUGCAAUUUAACUGUACCGCCGAGCUUAGCUACUGUCGCGUGGAGCUUAGCUACUGUCUCGCGGAGCUUUUUAACUGUGCCGCGGAGCUCAGCUAUUGUCCCGCGGAGCUUUUUAACUGUACCGCGGAGCUCAGCUAUUGUCCCGCGGAGCUUUUAAACUGUACCGCGGAGCUCAGCUAUUGUCCCGCGGAGCUUUUUAACUGUACCGCGGAGCUCAGCUAUUGUCCCGCGGAGCUUUUUAACUGCACCGCAGAGCUCAGCUACUGUCGCGCACAGCUUUUUAACUGCACCGCAGAGCUCAGCUACUGUCGCGCAGAGCUUUUUAACUGCACCGCAGAGCUCAGCUACUGUCGCGCAGAGCUUUUUAACUGUACCGCGGAGCUCAGCUAUUGUCCCGCGGAGCUUUUAAACUGUACCGCGGAGCUCAGCUAUUGUCCCGCGGAGCUUUUUAACUGUACCACAGAGCUCAGCUACUGUCGCACAGAGCUUUUUAACUGCACCGCAGAGCUCAGCUACUGUCGCGCAGAGCUUUUUAACUGUGCCGCGGAGCUCAGCUAUUGUCCCGCGGAGCUUUUAAACUGUACCGCGGAGCUCAGCUAUUGUCCCGCGGAGCUUUUUAACUGUACCACAGAGCUUAGCUACUGUCGCGCAGAGCUUUUUAACUGCACCGCAGAGCUCAGCUACUGUCGCGCAGAGCUUUUUAACUGCACCGCAGAGCUCAGCUACUGUCGCGCAGAGCUUUUUAACUGCACCGCAGAGCUCAGCUACUGUCGCGCAGAGCUUUUUAACUGCACCGCAGAGCUCAGCUACUGUCGCGCAGAGCUUUUUAACUGUGCCGCGGAGCUCAGCUAUUGUCCCGCGGAGCUUUUAAACUGUACCGCGGAGCUCAGCUACUGUCGCGCAGAGCUUUUUAACUGUACCGCAGAGCUCAGCUACUGUCGCACAGAGCUUUUUUAACUGUACCGCGGAGCUUAGCUACUGUCGCGUGGAGCUUUUAAGCUGUACCACAGAGCUUAGCUACUAUCGUGCAGAGUUUUUUUAACUGUACCGCCGAGCUUAGCUACUGUCCUGCGGAGCUCUUUAACAGGAGGACAGUAGGUGAGCUCCCCGAGACUCUAUGAGCUCCGCACAACAGUAGCUGCACCCGCAAAAAAAAAAAGAUUUUUUAAAAAUGAGAAUCGAUUCUGAAUCGUUCAAUGUUAGAAACGCGAUUCGAGCGUUUCAAGCGAACUGCACACCCUAGGUGUGCUGUUGAUUGAGUAAAGUAAAGUAAAGUAAAAAUCAGUCCUGGUUUAGAGAUUUAUACUUUUUUUACUUUGCAAGCGCAAACAAGAUGGCAGCUUCUAUUUCUUUCUCUGACAUCUUUUAGCUUUGAAACAAUUUGAAAGGGAGUGAAUGGGGGCGUAGCGUCUACUCUUAUACACAGUCUCAUAUGGUUUCAUAUUAUAUCAUGACUAUAUCGGUCAGAAGAUGCUGCAAUAUGCCAGUAUGAUUUUUUUUUUUGCUUUAUCACAAAACAGUGCUUUGAAUCAGAAUUGUAAUGUUGUCUGUGGAUUGCACAUGAUUUAAACAUGAUUAAGCAGCGCUGCAGCUGCUGCCAAACGUAAGCAGAAAGACGGCAGUUGUGCUGAUGCGCGUUUUAUUUCGCAUUUAUUCAUACUGAAAGCGCUGUUUUUUUCCAGUGCUCUGUAAUCUUAAUGAAUUUUGACAGAAGGUGUUGCUGGUUGAACAGUGAGCUGUUGGUUCCAGUUCACAAUAUUCUCUGUAUUGCUCUUGUGAUCAGAUGAAAACUGAUGAAAUGAACACAAACUGGACUUUAUUUGUUUCGUUUUUUUUACACUGUUGUUUCAUGCCAGCUGUACACAGUUCUAUUUUCUGACCAAUCCUUAAUGUUUGUUGAUGAAGAAGAAUCAGCUGUGAUCACUCUGUAUGUACUGUAAAUAACUGUUUGAGGAUUUCUAACCUGUAGCUGUUGGAUACUGUGAGGACAAAUUGAAUGCACUGAAACGUGAUGAGGAAAGUAGGCCUUUCGUGAUGAAGAGAAACGGAGGAGAAGAAAAGGCCAGGCCAUUCUCCUCCGGCAAAGGCAGCGCUCCCAAGGAAAAUGGACGGUUUGAGGAUUAGCACUAAUCCUUUUGACACUAUCAGACUGAUGAUGCCUUCUAGAGGAAAUUCAUCCGAGAGUUGGCAUUUAUACCUAUCCCUGAGUGUGUGAUUCAUUGCAACAGUGGCUGCUCUCACUCUGACUCAGAGUACGUCUCAGAAGUGACGAAAAAUGUGAAGAAAUAUCAAAAAACGAGAAGAAAAACUUUUCUUUAUGGUUUUGUGUUUGUAUAUGUACACGUUUCUUUUGUGAAACAGGUUGCUUCCUGACUGCGAUCAUGGAACACAUUUGUACUGUAUUUUCAUCAUCGUCCUCGUUCUCUUUUUCUCUCUCUCUCUCUCUCUCUCUCUCUCUCUAAUCCUCUCUCUCGCGCUCUCACUCUCUUUCUCGGCACAAACUUUCGCUGUGAGCUCUUCGUUCCCUUUAAAAACGAGCAGUCUUUGCAUCUCGACUCUUGGUCAGUGGUGUAUGUUUCCGGCUCGGUGCCCCCGCUGGAUCGUUGGAUCGUACGUGUAGGCUGGUGACACGGCGGAGUGGGUUCUCUAUGCAUUACGGACUCCCAUCGGAAACGACCUACAUUCCCUAUGUGCAAAAGUACUGGAGCGCCUCUUGAGCCGAUCAUUGCAAAAUACUCUGCCAAAACAUUGUUUGCCAAAUGAUUUAUCGUAGAUGUCUGUUAGUGUCAUGAAAAUAAAGUGACUAAAUUAAACUGCACUUGUGUUAAACUGUC